GGCAGGCUCAGAUGAAAAUCCUUCAAGGCUAUUCGGUUAUACAUUUGAAGUGAAAAUUCUCAAGAUUUUCACUUAAGUGAAAGUUUGGUGUGGCUCCAAGGUUUGAUGAUAAAGAAGCUGCAGAGUGUGUUGCAAAUCCUGGUAUAUCAGUUGGGCUUGUUUGGACCAACUUUGGUGGAGAAGUUCAGUUUGUGGAGGCAACAGCAAUGGUGGGAAAGGGUGAAUUACAUCUCACUGGGCAACUUGGUGAUGUUAUUAAAGAAUCAGCACAAAUAGCACUGACAUGGGUAAUCUAUAUCCUCAGCCCUUGCAUAUCAAUAGUGCCUCAUUAAAUUGCUUAUAAAUAUUUAUUCUUUAUGCUGGAACCCUAAGUAUUACAAAUUGCAGUCAAAUUUAUGUAGACUUCAAGAGGUUGCUUUUGCUAGUAAAUUAUAUGAAGAUGGGUUCAAAUUUACUUUGUCUAUUGCAUCUGUCUCACAUUACUCUUUUUUAUCCCUUUUUUUAUUUCUUUCAAGAAAAGGGCAGUUCGGUUUUAUGUUUAGUUGUAUUAUUCAUUUCUUCAAGAAUUCACUGAAAAGUUUCCCAUUAUAAAAUGCAUCUUGAAAGUUUAAUUGGUUGUGAACCAGUGAUUACUCAUCUGUUUUUGGUUCACACGUCCAGCAUUUGCAGCCAAGUGAAAUAUCUGAUUGCGCAAUAUUCUCAUGAAUUGAGAUGUCAUGCAGAAAAGCCUUCCAGUUUCUGCUCUUGGAAAAGUUAGUUUGAAAAUGUCUUCUGAAAUUGUAGGUAUGCGCCAGGGCAACAGAUCUUAAUUUAACAGCUGCUCAGGAGAUCAAUCUCCUUGAGGGCCGGGAUAUCCAUAUACAUUUUCCUGCAGGGUCUGUACCAAACGAUGGGCCCUCAGCUGGUGUGACACUAGUAAGAGCUCUUACAACUUAACUCAACUCAAUUAAGCCUUUAUUCCAAGAAUUUGAGGUCGGCUAUAUGGAUUCUCUUUCUCCAUUUUAAAUGAUUUUGGAUUAAAUCCUCGGAAAUGUGCAAUGCUUCUAGGUCAUGUUGUGCUACUCUCCUCCAUGUGCUCUACUUGUCUAACUGGAGCCUCCGUAUGUCUACUCCAAACCACCUCAGUCUAUUUCUCUCAACUUAUCCUUAAUUGGCACUAUUCCUAACUUUUCUCUAAUACUCUCAUUGCUGACUUUAUCUAGUCUAGUAUGACCACUCAUCCACCUUAACAUUCUCAUCUUCGCAACUCUUACACAUACGACUAUUUCAGUGCCCAACACUCACUACCAUAAAACAUGGCCGGUCGUACGACUAUACGAUAAAAUUUUCCUUUCAACUUAUUGGAAAUUUUGCGAUCACAUAAAACUCCCGUGGCACUUCUCCACUUCAACCAUCUCCACUUCAACCAUCCAGCUUUAAUCCUAUAACUAACAUCCUCCUCACAUACCCCAUCUAUUUGAAAGAUUGAGCCGAGAUAUUUAAAGUGAUUACUUUGGGGCAGUACCACUCCAUCCAAACUAAGUUUGGCCUUCACUGAACUAGUAACAGCUCUUGUUUCACUUUUUAGUCAGAGAAGGAUAAGAGCAGUUACAGCAAUGACAGGAGAGAUGACCUUGAGGGGCCUCAUGCUUCCUGUUGGUGGUAUUAAGGAUAAGAUAUUGGCAGCACAUCGUUAUCGAAUACGGAGAGUAAUACUACCAGAAAGAAAUUUGAAGGACUUGGUUGAAGUACCAUCAGCUGUACUUGGCAGUCUUGAAAUUUUACUAGCCAAGAAAAUGGAAGAUGUGUUGGAUCAAGCAUUUGAAGGUGGUUGCCAAUGGAGACAACACUCAAAGUUGACAAUGCUACCCUUUUUAGGCAUGGAUAUUGAUUGAAUCUAUGAUGAUGGAGGGGUUUAGCUUGUCAUCUUAUCCUUCGGUCAGACAGGAUUCAAUUUAUUCAGCUGCUGCCUCCAGCAACUGAAGAUCUAAGCAUUAAGAAGUUCAAUUGAUGGUGUUUCAACAAAGAAAGAAGAGUUCAACCAACUGGUGCAAAAGGAACUGAUCAUAUACAUCUUUCAAAAAUUUUUUAAUGUUAUAUUUUUCUUCCCUUGUCAAAUACACCUACUCCUCACCCCCCUCCCUCCAUAUCUGGCUGUGUUGAGGGUGAGAGACGCUCCCCACAUUGUGUAAUCCGAGAUCAAUUGAAAUAGUGUAUAAUUUAUUAUUUACAUGAGAGGCAAAGCUUGCCAUUUGAUUUGCCAUUU